AUGACGGUAGUGGCGGACUUUGCGGAAGAUCCAGUGACGCGGAACGGGACGGUCGUCGACGUGGGAGAGCCGGAAGGUAGCGGCUCCGGCGACCGGCCAGAACAGCGGUAUGGUGACCAGGAUGACGACGUGGGUGACAGGUGUUUCUGUGACAGCAAAGGACAGCAACCGGCCCGUCGUCAUUGCCCCUUGUGGUAUCGGCGUCUGAGGACCGUGGUCGAGGGCCGGUUACAGACGGACGGAGGCGUGGGUGUGCUUGUGAACUGCGCAGGCGCGUGUUAUCCACAUCCCGAGUUCUUUGCCGGUAUGAUGGCUGACGGUAAUGUUGGAGCCGGUGACAGCGAUGGGUCUGUGCAGUUCACUGCAGACUAUUGCAGCAACGCAGACGUAGCCGUCCGGUGUAACGUGGCAGGGGCGGUGCACGCGUGCCGCCUUGUGCUGCCCGGCAUGUUGGUACGCGGACGGGGCCUGGUGAUCAACGUGGGAAGUGCCUCCGCGUCCAUGCCGACUGGCGUGCCACUGAUGGCCUUGUAUGCCGCCACAAAGAAAUUCCUGGAGAAGCUGUCUUCGGACCUGGACGCUGAGUGUGCGUACUUAACCAGAGGACUUGAAAACGGAAAUGAUGGUCACGGCGUCCGUGUACAGUGCGCCCGACCUGCAUACGUGGCCACCGCCAUGUUGCGAUCUGCCAAUCCAGACGUCCGAGUGGUACCCUGUUCCGAAGACGAGGACGAAGAGUAUGACGACGAUGACAACUACGGCGACGGGUGCUGGUGGGCUUCCAGGAGGAAACGAAUGGAGGACCACGUCCAGCGAUGGCUGGUGCCGUCUGCUCGUCUUUGGGUUAGGUCCGCGUUGAGGCAAGGAGGCCGAUUAUACGCCCGUGGCCUGGAUUCGGAGCCCGCCAGCUACACUGGAUACUGGCCUCACACUUUAAUGGUGUGGUGCGCGCGGUUGGCCAGCGCUGUGACGCCUCGUCAGUGGUUCGUCGACCGGGUGCUGAUCCCGAGCAUGCUCGUGUACCGUGCCAAGGGUCGAGCGGCCAUCGCGGCGGCGGAGAGGAGUACAUCAUCAUCCUCAGCGGGAGGCCGUGACAGUCGGGAGGGACGGCAUGACAAAAUUAGGACGACAUAA